AUGACCCGAAACAUCAUGUCGCACAUACACAUCCGAUUUGCUGGUGACCCCCUCAGCCGAGCUGUCUUCUUCGUUGCCUCUUGCGUGAGUCUCGCCUACGUCUUGACGCACGUAAUCGCCUCCAAAACCGCCUACAUCAAGAAUCAAGGAUCACCUAGGGCGUACGGCAAGUAUGUGUCUGGCUUGGCGUUUUUACUCGCCCGGCUUGGAUUGCCAGUCUGGGUUGCUGCCGUUACUCUCACUAUCUUCGUCGCGGUGAACAUUGGACUGGACGUGUCGAAAGGAGUCCAACAGAAUAUCCCCUGGCUGAACGUUAUCAUCAGCAUAGCAUCACUGUUUUCGCUAGCCGCCGUACUCGCGGCCAUUGAGAUGGCAGAUCGGCCCUUCGCGACGAUAGGGCUGUCGCAAUCAUGGUUCGUUCGUGGAGAAGAUCCGCUAUCGCCCGAACAGGAUGAUAUGGAACCCGGUCUCGUCGAAGUGGUUUCCAUGAUCAAGGAUAAGCCUGUACCAUCCACGUUCAAAGAAAAGAAGCAGAGACCAUCCUUCAAGGACAAAAACCGAAGGAUGGUGCUGUCGACUAUUCAGGAGAAGAGAGAGCAGAAGGAAAAAGCAAAGUCGAACGCGAAACCAAUGAAGCCACCGAAGAGGAAGAGAAAAACAUUGACGAAGAAAAACCCCAACGAAGCGGCGCAGCGUAGGGCACUACGUUCCCUUUGGACGACCGCCAACACCGAUGAUGACGAUGGAAGACGAACACCGAAUGCUCGGGAGGAGACCUUCAACGAGAGACGGCGACUGGGAAGCAAGCUACCACCUUCGGAUGACACACAGCAGCCGACCAACCAGUUCGCAUACUUCGAGAACAUCGAGAACGUCGAGGACCUCGCGGACCGCUUAUACCUACCGCCCUUCGAGCCGCCACCCAUCGAUUCCUCCACAAGAGACAAGACCAUCAAGUCCAACAUCCACCGUCAGGUCAGAUGUGCACAACUUUUCCCGUCCGAGAACAUCUGCGGCGGCAAGGAUGCAGUCAAAGGUCGCGAAACGCUUGAGGGCAAUGAAACUGCAGCAAGCGGCUCAGUCUGGUCCUCGCCAACUUGA